AUGUCGCUGGCAUUAUUUCUUCUGACAAUGAAGCUGCCGAACGAGAGCUAAAUAGGAUUAUAAAGAAAAGUGAUUUUGCAUCGAUGGAAAUUGUUGGCCAAUUUAAUCUUGGGUUUAUUAUUACUAAACUAUACAAAGACGAAGGUUGUGACUUGUUAAUAAUUGACCAACACGCAUCAGAUGAGAAAUAUAAUUUUGAACAACUUCAACUUCAUACCAAAAUUGAUUCUCAGAGAUUAAUCAGUCCAAGAUCCUUGGAACUUACUGCUGCAGAGGAAUUAGUUGCCAUUGACAAUAUAGACAUCUUAAAAGCAAAUGGAUUCGAUAUAGAUAUUGAUUUAGAGGCUCAAACAACAAAAAAAUUAAAGCUGAUAUCGCAACCAAUAAGUAAAGAUAUUAUUUUUGGCGUUGAAGAAAUGGUUCGGUGCUCAAAAGUUCGAAAGAUGUUUGCCUCUCGAGCCUGCCGCAAAUCUGUAAUGAUCGGAGAUGCAUUAUCAUGUCAACAGAUGGAAAAG